GACCAACCCACUUCGUGGCCGAACGCAGUUCUUUGCAGCACCGUCCACCACCUUUUCGACUUGAGAACUCUACUACAGAGCUCCUGCAUCAAGUCAUCAUGGCCCAGUCAGUUCAGGAUUUGAUCGUUUCCGUUCAUGAACGCCCAAGAUAUCUCUACUUUGUGCAGCAUGCCAGCUCUCGGGCCCGCAUAACCAACCACGGCGGCUUCGAUGCUGCAGAAUACUGGACUACGCCACACGACUCCGCACAUCUCCAACAGCUCAUCACGAACCAUGUGAACUGGGCAUGCAGAGUUCCUAGCUGCUUCAUUUCCACGUUUGGUAGCUUUGACCACGCCUAUAACUGGGGGAUGCAGAGGGACCGACCGGUUACCAUCCACCAAAUUGACACCGAUCAAAUGCACCCACAGGAGCCGAUCUUCAGAGCCUAUCAUUUCACGCCCAACUGUUUUGACAGCGAAUACCUGUUCUUGCAUGGCAUGUGUGGUUAUACCAUCAGGUAUAGAUAUUCUCUUCCCGGCUCCAUCCCAUCUAAUGGUCGGUAGAGCUGAAACAAACAUGACAGUGACGAGAAGCGCCUAGUACUGAGCAUACAACACACAUUGUCUUGGUCCUGUUAAAUGGGAUUUCCAUUUUCGACACGGCAAGGUGGAAAACUCUUUGCCACUCAGCAAUUUCCGGGUUUCAGGUUGCUCGAUAAUCGGGUAAUUGCGGCGCAAAGCAUAGGGUAUACGUAAAGAGAUGGAGCAUGGCAAAAAUGGAACGACAUGCAGUCACCACAAAUAAAUGUCAGGUCAGUCAUGUUCAUGUUGUCAACACUAAACACACAUGGGCCCUGCAUUGGUCCUCAAAAUGCAACUCUGCUGUCCACAUGGAAGAUAAUCUUUACUAGUCCGAUUAGUAGCUCUAGCCACAUUGGUCUGAUGUUGCAAGCAGAUUGGAAGUGGGCAAAGGCCCUUUGUCCCAUAAUUUUGGGACAACCUGGGUAUGUAAGCAGGUCGAUAGACCAAUCAAAGGGACGCCGCAGAGCCGCAACUGU